AUGGCACCUUCAGUUUCUGAUACUGUACCCCCCAUCACAGACACCAUUGCCGAUCUCAAGUUAACAGCCACAAAGGAGGAUAAGGGCCCUUCAUACCCAUUCUACUACCCCUAUUAUGACCCAAACGAGAAAUUCCCUCCAACGCAAGUCUACGAGCACACGGACCCCGGUGCCAAGGCGGACCGUGCAAAGCCACACCUGUUGACGCCCGAGACAAAUGUCACCCAUAUAAGCCCCUUCCUCGGGACCGAGAUCUCCGGUGUGCAGAUUUCCCAACUGAGCGAGGAAGGUCUCAAUGAGCUCGCUCUGUACGCCGCGGAGAGGAAGGUCCUUAUCUUCCGCAACCAAGACUUCAAGGAUAUAGGACCUGAUAGGCAGAUUGAGAUCGCCAAGCACUUUGGACGGAUUCAGAGACACCCGACUUCGGGGAAUGUCAAGGGAUACCCAGAGUUCCACGUCGUUUAUCGGGGUUCUGAACAUGACAGGCUGAAGGAAGUCCUACCUGACGAACGCAUCAACCGCACUCAAUGGCAUUCCGACGUCUCCUACGAGAAACAGCCCGCCGGAACCACGUUCUUCUUCAUUCUAGAUCAGCCAGAAGUCGGCGGCGACACGCUAUUUGUGUCUCAGGUAGAGGCAUACAACCGUCUUUCCCCCGAGUUUAAGAAACGCCUCGAAGGCUUGCGCGCCGUGCACAGCGCUUUCGAGCAAGCAGAGUCUUCCCGCAGGCGUGGUGGGGUUCAUCCCCUCGUUCGCCGGCACCCCGUGACCGGGGAGAAAGCACUCUACGUGAACCAGGGCUUCACGCGCCGCAUCGUCGGCUUCAAGACGGAGGAAUCUGAGUACCUCCUGAAAUUCUUGUUCGACCACAUUGCAAAGGGCGCAGACUUCCAGAUUCGUGCGAGGUAUGCGCCCGGCAGUGUUGUUGUCUGGGACAACCGAGUCACUGCCCACUCCGCGACUGGAGACUUCAAUCCUGGUGACAGGAGGCAUGCAGUUCGCCUCACUCCCCAGGCGGAGGUUCCGACCGAGUAGACAAAUAAUGUAUUUAUGAGCACAAUGAAUCUGUGAAUUGUGAAUAUAUUUUAUGAAGAAUAUACAAACCGUCCUAAGUAGUACAUCGCAAACAAAGAGGAAGCCCCUACGACAUCCAUUGGUUACGUUCCAUUAUGCUAGGUGCAAACUGAAGCAAACCCGCGCAAAACCUAUAUACACCACCCUCGUUAAGUAGGGUCAGUAGAAGAGAUUGGAGCAACGACAGAAGAAGACUAAUUCUGCGUCAGAAAAAAAUGAGAGUUGCACAGCAAGGUGUG